CCGGCUGCUCUGUGGACACUGCAGUCUGGCACACAGACUGAGGCAGAGCUGCAGGGAGGACGAGUCUCUGAGAUCUUGGCCACACCGGAGCUUUGGUGAAAAGUUUGGGCAGCUGCUGAGCCCCCGAAGGCAUCAUGGUUGUGUCGGCGCGGAGCUGGGUGGCCAACGAAGGAGGGAAGCACUUCGUCCUGAUUCUGUGGCUGGGAGUUAACACCUGGCUGUUCAUCAGCACCUUCCUGCUCUACUUCACUGGACAGCAAUACCACUACCUCUACAAGAUGCUCGGGCUAGGAUUGUGCAUCAGCAGGGCAUCUGCAACUGUGCUAAACCUGAACUGCAGCUUGGUGCUUUUGCCCAUGUGUCGCUCUCUGGUGACCUUUGUACGAGGAACACGGAUGAUAUCAAGCAGAAAGACACGCAGACUGCUGGACAAGUCCAAGACCUUUCAUGUGGCGUGUGGCGUUGCCAUCUGCAUCUUUUCUGUUAUGCACGUUUCUGCCCACCUGGUUAAUGUUGUCAGAUUCAGUGUGAGAUACUCAGAGGACUUUCCGGCUCUCAAUUUGGCUCGCUACAGAGGAGAGGACCCCAUGCUGAUUAUUCUGACCACAAUCCCAGGAGUCACUGGUGUGCUGCUGGUCCUCAUCCUCUUCCUGAUGUUCAUAUCCUCCUCCUACUGUGUACGCGUGUCCAACUAUGAGAUCUUCUGGUACACACACAACCUCUUCAUUGUUUUCUACGUCAUCCUGAUGAUACACAUGGUUGGUGGAGCUCUAAAGUAUCAGACCAACAUAGAGGCACACCCCCCUGGUUGCUUCAGAGCCAACCAGAGCAGCACCGAGCAGCAGGGAGAUGAACUGGACACGAGUGAAGAAGAGGAGAGGCGAUGCAACGAGGACGCUCACUUCCAGCCACAUUAUCCCCAGACGUGGCUGUGGGUGUCUGGUCCUCUCUGUCUCUACUGUGUGGAGCGUUUCUACCGCUACAUCCAGAGCCGUGACCCUGUUACCAUAGUGACAGUCAUCAGGCACCCUUGUGAUGUCGUGGAGUUGCGCAUGCUGAAAAAGAACUUCAAAGCUCGACCUGGACAGCAUAUUCUUCUUAACUGCCCAGGUGUCUCCUCAUUUGAGAACCAUCCCUUCACGCUCACAAUGUGUCCCACAGAGAACAAGGAAACUUUGGGCAUCCAUCUGCGAGUUGUGGGAGACUGGACUGAACGAUUCACACAGCUGCUGCUUCCUGAGCCAAGGAUAGACAUGGAGAUCCUUCCCAUGGCCCAAAAGAGGAGAUACCCCAAAGUUUAUGUUGAUGGGCCAUUUGGAGGUCCGUCAGAAGAGGUAUUCAACUAUGAUGUCAGUCUUUGUGUUGCCGGCGGAAUAGGAGUCACCCCGUUCGCCUGUGUGCUGCGGGCGCUGCUUGAUGGCUGGAUGGGUUUCAGGUUGCAGAGGUUGUAUUUUGUGUGGGUCUGCAAGGAACUCCAGUCCUUUUACUGGUUCGCAGAGCUGCUGUGUGCUCUGCAUCACAAGCUCUGGAACGAAAACAGACCGGACUACUUUAAUCUGAAACUGUAUAUCAGUCAACCAGACAGCUUGCAGAGCAUGUCUGAGGAGAAGUACCGCCCACUCACAUCAAGGAUGCAGAUUGGUCGGCCCAGGUGGAAGUUACUCUUUGAUGAAAUUGGAAAAUCCAACAAACAUAAACGUGUUGGUGUUUUCUGCUGCGGACCGAAGGGCAUCUCCAGGACUCUCCACCGACUGUGUAACUCAGCUCAAUACAAUGGAACAACAUUCGAAUUCAACAAAGAGUCGUUCAGCUGAUUAAACUUUAGAGCUGGUGCUACACUGUCAGGGCAUAUCAGUAGAAGUCAUCUACUUUGGGGUGGAUGGCUUCUCAUUCAAUCAUGGGAAAAGUUUUUAGUUAAAUUAAAGUUCUUAGUACCUUUGGACAAUCAUGGUUGCUUAAAAAAAUCUUGGAUGGAUUUUCAUUUGAUAUAAAUACUGACUGUAAAGUUAAAUAAUGAUAGACUAUAUUUAUAUUCAAUCUCUGUACAUGUUUUCUAAAGGUCCGGCACAUCGAAACAGCCUGUUGGGUGCUUUAAAUAAGCUUCAACUUUGGUUUGUGACCCAAUCAACAUGUGAGAAAAGCUUGGAGUCUCCUGAAGCUGCUGUAUCAUCCCUGCCCUGUUGCACCCCUCUGUGGAGUAAAAUUGCAUUCUCA